AUGCGCAUGUCACGUUAACGUCACUUCGUACAGAUGUAGAAGUUACGUAAAUAUAGAACGAGAACGGGAGAGAAACUUUUAUAUCGUGGUCCGCAAUUUUAUCGAACGCCAUUUUGUGAUCGAAGUUCAGUCACGAAACAUCUUUUCUUAUCAUUCGUCGCGAACAUAAAUUUUUACUACUAAAUUACAUGUUUCGUGCUGAAUAACACCGAUUGAUUAUACCGUUGUUUAGGUGGUUCUUACAAGAAUGGAACUCAUUUCUGUAUCGUUAAUUUUCAGUUGUCUCCUAAACAUCGCUUUUUCUGCUGAUGUUAAAGUUGAAGUAAUCGCUCCAGAGGAGAUAGUAAAGUACAACUUGACAAAAGACUUGGUUUUACAAUGUAAUGUGAAAAACGGAAAUGCCACUGCUCUCCAAUUUGUUUGGAAAAAAGAUGAUAAAGACGUCGUAGAUACAUUAAAAGAUCGUGCAACAUAUUCAUCAAACGAUAAUAACGUAACAUUAACAAUUUCUAAAGCAACUGAUGACGACGCAGGAAACUAUACUUGUAUUAGCAAAGAUGGCGAUUCUGCAACAAUUCGUGCAGCUACCACAAUUCAAGUCAAUACCCCUGAAAAUGUUAAUGUAGUUGAAGGAGAAAAACUUCGAAUUGUUUGUGCUGUUGUUGGAAAACCUGUGCCAGAAAUUUCUUGGAGUGUUGGUGAAAUUAAUUAUUCCUCAUCCUCCGGUCACGUUACAUUAUUACCUGAUCCAGAAAAAAAUAUCACCAAUGCUGUCUUGUUAAUUGAUAAUGUCAAUAUUACUCAUAAAGGCCCCUAUAAAUGUAUUGGACGUUCGUUGAUUACAAAUGAAACUGUAUUUGAUGAGGCCAUGGUUAGAGUUAAGGACAAAUAUGCCGCACUUUGGCCUUUCUUAGGAAUUUGUUUAGAAGUCUUUGUUCUUUGCGCGAUUAUUCUUAUCUAUGAAAAGAAAAGGAAUAAAACUGAAUUAGAAGAAAGUGAUACCGAUCAAAGUCCCGAUCAGAAAAACACACCAGAUCAUGGAAAGGAUUCUAAUUUAAGACAUAGACAGUAAACAAAAUCUAAAAAUUUGGAAAUAAAAUAAUAUUAAUACUAAAUUUAUGUUUAAAAAACCUUUCCAUUAACGUAAAUAUACGUGUUUAUUGUAGGGGCUGUUAAUUAAAUAACUAUUAUUGUUAACUGUUUUGCUUAGUGUGCUAUGAUACAAACCAAGAUUAAAAAAUUCAAAAAAAUUAUUGUAUAUAUGUGCAGAAAUAUUUUUGUUAUGUAAAUACAUCUAUUCUAAGUUUUUUAAUUAAGGUAAUUUAUGAUAAUUUAAUGGAAACAGUUCUAACUCUAAAUGAACGUGAAAUAUUCAUACUAAAUUCAUUUUAAGAUAAAUAGAAUGUAAAUUAAAUUAACUAAAUUAGCUGGUUAACCUAUAAAAUAAAUGUUUAUAUAAUAUCUAUUACGAGAUUAAGUACUUAAGGGUACUAGUAUUAAACAAUCGUUUAGCGUUUCAAUUAGGCACAAGUAAUCGUUUAUGUGUGAUUUACAAAUUUAAUAUACCAUUAUUCCUGUUCA